AUGGCCUCGCGACGUGAGCAGGAGGCAGCCGCGGCUGUUCUCGUACAAGCAGAAUCGUUACUAGUACAAUCCCGUGCAGACAACGCACUCGCGCUACUCGUGAAGCUCGAGCGGACGACACCUGGCGCCAAGGGAUUGGCUGAGCUGCUCGCCGUGGCUCAGGUUCUCGCCGCUGUCGGCUACACGCCUCAGUGUCCUAGGUGUCGCCGUCCCAUUGGUCCGCUUCCCAAGGAUUACGUGGAUUGGUUCGGGGUGCUCCAGGUGGAUGCGCGGACGGACGAAGCCGGAAUCAAGAAGCGGUACCGACAGCUAGCGCUCCUGCUGCAUCCGGAUAAGAACAAGUCGCAGAAGGCCGAAGCGGCGUUUCGUUAUGUCAAGGAGGCGCACACAAUGCUGACAGACAGCAACAAGCGGGCCGUGUUUGAUUCCCUACGCUCGCGCCUUCCCCCCUGCCCCUGCUCUGCACCCGCGGGAGGGAGAGCCAUGGGGGUGCAGAGGGGUGCAGGGGGGUUCAGAGCGUCUCAAGGGGCGAGUUGGGCGGGCAACGAGGCGGGGCGAUUGCAGGAGCUGAGGGAGCAGGCCAAGGCGCGGGUGGUGUCUUUGGAGCGAGAGUGGGAGGAGAAGAAGGAGCAAUGGCUUCGCGACUUUGAGCAGGCUAAGGCGCAGCAGCAGGCACAGCAGCAGCAGGAGCGGGAGGAGCAGGUGGUGCAGGCAGAAGGGCAGUCGGAGGAGCAGGUGGAGGGCAAUGGGGAGCAAGAGGGGGAGGAAGAGACGGAUGUAGCAAACGGUAGGCGUGGGGAUGAAGAGAGUGAGGGGGGUGUGAGUGAGGGGAGUGUGAGUGAGGGGAGUGUGAGUGAAAAGGGUGCGAGUGGUGAGGGUGCGAAUGAGAAAGGUGUGAGGGAUGCUGCUGCUGCCCCAGCCUCACAGCGUGGCACGUGUGGGGGGCCAUCCCGUGACCAGACGGGUUUCUUUGAGGAGAAUCCGGAGCUUGUGGCUGACUCAAUAUGGGAGCAGCUGGCAGAUCUUGUGGAUGAUGCUGACGUGGAAGGUGCUGACGUGGAAGGUGCUGACGUUGAAGGUGCUGACGUGGAAGGUGCUGACGUGGAAAGUGAGGGCAAGGGGCGGAGGGAGGGCAGCAGUUGGAGUGGCAGCAGCGGAGCAGAGGAGGACAGGGAAGUGCAAGCAGAGGAACGGAGAGAGGGCAGGGAGAAGCAAGCAGAGCAAACGGCAGAGGAAAGGGCACAGGAGGAGCAGGGUGAUGAUGAAACUGUAGAGGUCAACCUCUCCUCUCCCGACACGCAUGGCCAGGGGAAGGGCGGCAGACAGGUGGAAAGGGCGGGUGACAAGGAGGGCGGUCGAGUAGCAGAUGCUGGGAUGGAGCGAGCUGGCAGCAUGAUGAGCAGUGCAGGCAGUGGCUCUUUGGGGGGAAAUGCCUCAGCUGAUGCUGUACCCCUUGCUGCUGCACGUGCAUCUCCCAGUAGUAGUGCUUCUGGGUCUAGAGACCUACCCACCUCCUUCCGCGCCACCACAUCAGGCAGAGCUGCAGCAGACGCCAUGGCAGCCGCUGCUGCUGCCACGGAAGCUGCCCGGAAGGUUCUGGAACGGUCGAGUGGCAGCAGGGGCAGCAGUGGGGGUGGCAAGGAGGGCAGUGGGGACGUGUUGGACACUCUGUACAGGCUGAGACGGGACACACAGGCUGUUGCCGCCUCACUGGAUAACCUCAGGCGCCGGCUCUCUGCCCGGCCUGCUGCCGUCUUCCCUUCUGCUGACUUCCCUGCCGCUUCAGCUGGGACUGUACCGGGGGUAACUGGGUCGCCACCAGUGCAAGUUCCUGCGUCCUAG